AUGCUGGGCGAGCUCGGUAUCACGAGGUGUACUUGGCGGAGUAAGCACCAAAGGGACGAGUCGACCCCAGUCAUCCCCUUUGCGAAGGCUAACGAAAAAUGGGUCUUGUACCCCCACAAUGAUGCUCUGGUGGUGACUAUAUUGGUCAUCAACUUGACCACCCGGAGAAUCCUCAUUGACAACGGGAGCUCUGCAGACAUCCUAUUAUGGGAGGUCUUCACCAGGAUGGGAAUUGAUGCUGCCCAGCUGCACUCAGCCCCCAUGUCGUUGAAGGGCUUCUCCGGGAGUAUGGUUCAUCCUCUGGGAACCAUCACGCUAACAGUUCUCACUAGCAGCACCCCCUGUACGACCUCAAUCAUAGUCAACUUCCUAGUGGUGAGAACCUUGUCGUCGUACAACUCCAUCAUCGGAAGGCCCACCCUCAAUAGUUUGCAGGCCGUCAUGUCAACCUACCAGCUCAAGAUGAAGUUCCUGACUCCCCAUGGAGUGGUAGAAAUCCGAGGCGAACAGGUCCUAGCAAGAGAAUGCUACGUCCAAGAGCUAAAGCAGAAGGAUGGUAGGGUUACCCCAGAUGGCACCUCUAGGAAAGAGUAG